GAUCGCGUUGCUAGGGAUUUAGCUUACCCUGACGACACACGCUACAUUGAAUAGGACUCGUACCCCUUCUCAAUCGCUCCGAUGUCUGACAAUAGUACUACCGACGCCUAUGGGACAGUGCAAGGGGCUGUACAGUGUGAUGACUUGGAUUAUAGAGAAUAAUAACUGUUGUAUUUAAUACGCGAGCACUGAUACAAACGGAGUAAUACAGGACUGGCUCACGGAGAAUAUUAUCGAGUCAUGAUACAUGAUUUGGAGGGGAAAAGAUAGGAACAUGGAGCUGAGCACAUUCAUCCUCAGUUAUGUUUGACUCAUCGGACGGACCAUAGCAAAAAAAAAAAACUAAACAAAUAUUCGACUGCAAAAGUUUUGUUACGAAAGGACCUGCAUGGCUUAUUCUCACCUUGAAUUUAUCGACGAUCGUGAGGGUGAUGAACAUGCCUGUAUAAUCAAGUGAAUCUUUGGUCGUCGCAUAUGAGUACCACCUGAUGCAGCUAGAGCUCCACUGGCCUAAUUUUUGUUAUUCGAGAACAAAUUGAUUGAUACAACUAAGCAGUCAUGUCUCGCAUGGAGAGGAUCAUGGGGAUUCCACAGAACACCAACAAGCCUUCUUCGCUGAAGAACCCCCGUGAUAAACCAGGGCCUCGAUACAUCAACAGCAGGGCGCUAUCGACAUCGCACGCAAGCUCAAGCUGACGACUAUCGGGAAGGUUGGGCUGAGGAUCACCAACUCGACUAACAGCGAUUCUGGGAUGAUGUCCACGUACAACAAUCAAGGACAAACCAAGGAAGUGUCUCAGAAGUCAAUCAUAGAUCGCAGGAAGGCUUGGAGAUGGCUAGGAACAUCGUAGAGAGUCGUGUUGGGAAGUGCAUCAUGGAGACGAAUGAUUACGAGGUGAGACGAUUCAAUCGCGAGUUUGAGAAGCUCCUGGAAGAUGAGGAUCAGACGAAGCGACAGAUGAAGCAGAAGAAGCGAGAGUUCGUCCAUCACAAGCAGAAGGUCGAUCAGGCAAAGAACCUGACUAGACGCGAUGGCAGUAGAUCACCCAUGAUUCCAACAAGCGAUACUGACCGUUCACAUCUUCCAACAUCUAUCCAGUAGGGGCUCUGCAUCAACAGACAAGGGAUUCCUUCUCGAGAGAUGACGCAAGGGCAGAGUCCAGAGGGAAGUCCCCGGGGUAUAUGCGUCCUUUGAGCUGUACCAGAGACAAGUCGCAUGAUUCCGCAGUUGGUGAGACUGAACGAUUCUUGAACAGUCCUUACAUGAGAGCGUGUAUCAGCAAUAUCAACGA